AUGAAGACCUGGAUCCUACUUGUCGGGGCAGGAAUGGCCCUGGGCUGCGUGUCUGGCAAAGGGAGCUUCGUCACUCCUGACGCUGCCAGCGGGCUGCAGCUGGUGGUUCAGAAGCAGCUGACUCCCCUCGGGAUUAACGACCUGUCCACGGCCUCUGACUCCUGCAGUGGACGCUGCGAGGAGCCCUACAGCAAGGAGGACGAGUGCCACUGCGACGCCGAGUGCGAGAGGUACCACAACUGCUGCGAGGAUUACUACCGGCACUGCCAACCCGGUGAGCAUCCCCGGGCGACGGGGGAGGGUUUCUCCAGCAGUCGAGACGCCAUCACCGACGAGGAACUCCUGCACGUCUCAGAGGAGCUUUACAAGGCGGACCACAACAAAGCCCAGCCAACCGACAUCACCAUCAACCCCCAGUACCAGGCCUCCGACGACGAGACGGGCAACCAGGAGGAUCGCUCCCCGCAGCCGCUCUACAAAUACGUCAAUGAGAAGCUCUUCUCCAAACCCACCUACGCAAGCUUCAUCAAACUGCUGGACAACUACCAGAGGGCGACGGGCAGGGAGGAGGAGGUGACGGCGGAGGAGCUGAGGGAGCAGGACAACUUCCUUACGGAGGUGAUGAAAACCGAGCUCAUGAAGAAACUCUUCGCCUUCCUCCACAAAAAAAACCGCUAUGGCUCCGAGCAGGAGUUCGUCGCCGAUUUGAAGGAGAUGUGGUUCGGCCUCUACUCCAGAGGAGACGGCGAGCAGGACUCCAGUGGCUUCGAGCACGGCCUUUUCGGGAGAGCCCCGCGGAAAAAGAGGGGCAUCGCCAACUCCUCCAGCCACAACUUCGACGGGCCGUGGGACACCUACCCCGACGUGCUGGGGCUGCAGUUCAGCUGGGACGGCUUUUACAAGGAGGUGGGCUCUGCCUUCAUCGGCUCCAGCCCCGAGUUCGAGUUUGGCCUGUACACGUUGUGCUUCAUCGCGCGUCCUGGGAGGCUAUGUCACCUGAGCCUGGGUGGCUACAGCCUCAGCAUCCAGACCUACACCUGGACCAAGUCCACCUAUGGCAACGGCAAGAAAUACAUCGCCACCGCCUACGUGAGCUCGCCCUGA